AUGGGAGAUUCAAGGAGGAUGACAAGGAUGCUACUGGAAUGUAACCUCACUGACAAGCUAUGCAUUCUACGGGAGAACCAGUAUGAAGUUGUCAUUGUCCCCACACUCUUUGUUGCAGCCUUCCUUAUCCUGCUGGGGGUCAUUUUAUGGCUCCACUUUAGAGGACAAAGGGUCCAGAGACAGCCACCUGGACUCCAAGGAAUUGCCCCUAUGCCUCCAUCUCGGGGCCUGAGCUGGGAAGCAGCGGGGCGUGGAGGAAACAUCUUUGUGACACAGAAGCCGACUUCAGUGGAGGGUCUUUUACAGGAUACUGCACACACCCUGGCUAAACUGCAGGUGCCCCAGGAACAAUUCUCAGAAGUCCUGGAGGAGAUCUAUAAUGGAACUUGUGGUGCCAUUUACCGGGUCAAGAUGAACACUGGAGACUCUGCUAAGCCUAAGAGUGUUGUCCUUAAGGCUUUGAGAGAACCAGCAGGAUUUCAUGAGAUACAAGAUUUUUUGGGACGGAUUCAGUUCCAUCAUUUUCUAGGCAAGCACAAGAACUUGGUCCAGCUCGUAGGCUGUUGUACACAGAAGCUGCCUCUCUACAUGGUACUGGAAGAUGUGACCCAGGGUGACCUACUCAACUUUCUUUGGACAUGCCGCCGGGAUGUGAUGACAAUGGAUGGCCUCCUCUAUGACCUCACAGAGAAGCAAGUCUAUCAUAUUGGGCAGCAGGUUCUUGAAGCUUUGGAAUUUCUCCAGGGGAAGCGACUGUUCCAUGGAGAUAUAGCAGCCAGGAAUGUCCUGAUCCAGGGAGACCUCACUGCCAAGCUCUGUGGACUGGGUCUGGCAUAUGAAGUCCAUUUUCGAGGUGCCAUCUCCUCCAAACGGAUGGUACCCUUAAAGUGGCAAGCCCCUGAGCGGCUCCUGCUGAAGCCUGCAGGGAUCAAAGGAGAUGUAUGGUCCUUUGGAAUCUUGCUGUAUGAGAUGGUGACUUUAGGGGCUCCACCAUAUCCAGAGGUCCCUCCUACAAACAUUCUACCGUAUCUCCAGAGGAGAAAAAUCAUGAAAAGACCUUCCAAUUGCACAUCCACCAUGUACAGCAUCAUGAAAUCCUGCUGGAGAUGGAAUGAGGAGAGCCGGCCAUCCCCAACACAAUUACGCCUUCGCCUAGAGGCUGCCAGUCAUGGAGCAGAUGAUAAAGCUGUGCUGCAAGUGCCUGAGCUGGUGGUGCCUGAGUUGUAUGCAAAUGUAGCAGGCAUCAGAGUAGAGACAAUUUCCUCCAGCUACAGUAUCUUCUGA